CAGGCACAGCAGGCAAAAUGUGAGCACCAAGACCGGGACCCCAUUGUUUGGACAUGUCACAGAGUAAUGAAGUGGAUCAGAGACAUAGACCUCAAGGAGUUUGCAGACAAUCUUCAGGGUAAAGGGAUUCAUGGAGCUCUGAUGGCUCUGGACCCGUCCUUUGACACAGACACCAUGGCCAAAGCCCUGGGGAUCCCCAGCAACAAACACAUGCUGCAUCGGCACCUGUACGAAGAGAUGAAAUCACUCGCCAUCCCACACAGCAGUUCAGAGCAGGGCAGUGAGGUUGUCGGUUCCUCUUCGCCUGUGGCUGUUAACCGCUUUGCUGAGGAGAGGGUGUCGAUGAGAAGAUCGGGAAAGAGUCCGCUGAGGUUACGUGCAAACAGCCAUUCUGUAGAGCGAGGUCUAGGCUUCCACGGCACCUGCGGCUCUCCGCCCAGAGAGGCCCGAGUUCAUGCCGUGCCCCGGGCCAAAGGCAGCCCAAUGCAUACCUACAAGAGUGUUGAAAUCACCAAUGUCUGAAACAGCCUCAGCCAUCCAGAUCACACUGUUGUUUCUAUUGUUUACAUUGUUAUUGUAUAGUUGUUUACUACUGAGAGUGACCUGCACUCAGCAUCGCUGGACUUUUAAGUGGAAGUCCUAAAGGGGUGUACCACUUGAUUUAAUAAUUCAAAUAUAUCAUUAUUUUGCCCAAUAUAAGAAUAACACAUACUCUGAACAGAAACAAAGAUCAUUUUUUAACCUGAUGGAGCUGUUGUAAAUAUAUUGAAGAGGGAGAUUGUUUUGUUUUGUCUUACCAACUAAAUGUCCAAAUGAGUUUUAUAUUAUGAGUUUAUUGAAGGCUUAAGAAUAACCUACAAAAAUAACUGAACACAGUGUUGUUCUCUUUUGAUGCCUUAAACAAAAUAGGUCUCACAGCACUGAUGUUUACUGCUCUUUCAACUAUUGCUCACAUGUCAGUAAAUGAAUAAUUGUGCUUAAGAUGUAAGGGGGAAAAAAGUAAUUAUAAUAAUUAUAAUUUGCUUUCACUAUAGUGAUACAUAUCUGCUGUUAAUCUUCUGAGGAGACCUGAACUGUGUCAGGUCAACAGCUCUACAUAUUUGAGUGUGAUGUUGUUUGUUAUCACAGUUUUUAAUCAUUACUGUAAUAGAUAGUAAACCUUAGUUUAAAACAUUAAAAUAUAUUACAUUUGGAGGAGCUAAAAUUGGCAAAAAAUGCAACUUUUAUGACAAUCUUUAACAUGAAUUAUAUCUUUUGAAAACUGGUAUUAAAGAAAAUCCAUCUUCUCAUUAGUGAAAGAACUGAAGUUGUUUUUCCUUUUGAAUGUGAAGGUUGAUGAAUUUAGUUUUAACAAAGCUCUUCCCAUUUACAAUAUGUAGAUUAAACAUAGAGUUUAAUGUUCAGUUUUGAAAGUGAUGUGUACAAAAAUGCAAACAAAUGAUCUCCACAUGUUUAUACUGUACUGUAUAAGCACUGAAGAAAAGGCAAUGCUGUUAAUUAUAUUAUGCACUUAAUUGAGAGAAUGUAAUGGUAUAUUUUGUACAGUUUAAUCAUGUUUUAUCUGACAAAGUUGUAUAAAGUUUGUUCCUGAGCAUGAAAAAACACGUAUGAAAUAUCACAGGGACACACUGUGUGCAACCGAAUGCCUGAGGUCAAUCCAAAUAGUAGAAAACAGGUUUGUCUCCCUGUCACUUUCUGGGCGUCUCCUUCAGUCACCAAAAGCGGGAAGAUUAGACCAGUUCAAACCUGUAUAACCUGUAUGGAAACAGAAGGGGAGGACUCAAAUGGGGUUCACUUUUUAAUAUGACUUCACACAGCUGUCAGAGCUUUUCAUGUACAUCAACAAUAAAGGUGAAAUUAUUGUCAACUCA